CACUCACCCGCCUCUCCCUCCCAAAAUGACACCACUUCUCAUAAUUCCCCACACCAGCCGAUUACCCGUCAACCCAGCUCCCCCGUCACACGGUCCAAAAACCAUAUUUUCAAACCAAAUCCUAAAUAUGCUCUCCACACUCUUAUCUCCUCCAGUCUGCCCAUUGCCCCUACCACAUAUAAACAAGCGGCAGCAAUUCCAGAAUGGCGCCAUGCCAUGCUGGAUGAGUUUCAAGCCCUUAAAAAAAUCACACAUGGUCUCUUGUCCCUUCUACCUCCACACAAAAUAUUAUUGGGUGUAAAUGGGUGUUUCGGGUGAAACAAAAUCCGGAUGGAUCAAUUGCUCGGUAUAAAGCACGUUUGGUUGCAAAGGGGUUUCAUCAACGUCCUGGAGUUGAUUUCACCGAUACAUUUAGUCCGGUGGUCAAACCGGUCACCGUGCGGGUUAUUCUUACAUUAGCCAUUUCACAGAAUUGGCCUAUACAUCAACUGGAUGUGAAUAACACAUUUUUGCAGGGCACUUUGACUGACCGAGUUUAUAUGCAACAGCCGUAGGGGUUCACUGAUCCUAUGUUUCCAGAUCAUGUGUGCCUUCUUCAUAAAGCUUUAUAUGGGCUACGCCAAGCUCCCCGAGCCUGGUAUUGUGAGCUUCGGACCUUUCUCUUGCAAUCUGGUUUUCAAGAUGCCAGUCCCGUUCCUACUCCUCUUUCGCCGGAUGCUCCUUUGUCACUUUCUGAUGGUUCUUCUCCUCAUGACGCCACAAAGUAUAGAAGUGUUAUUGGUGCAUUAAAGUAUCUUUCCUUUACACGGUCAGAUAUCAGUUUUGUUGUUAAUAAACUUUCUCAGUACAUGCACCGGCCCACAACUCGUCACACUAAAACAGUCUUCUACUAUUUUUUGUGAUAACAUAAGUGCCACUUAUGUGUGUGUUAAUCCCGUUCUCCACUCCGGAAUGAAGCAUGUCGCUAUUGACUUUAACUUUGCUCGAGAACAAAUCCCUCAAGGACUCCUUCGAGUUAGUCACGUUCAUACAAAAGACCAGCUAGCCGAUUCCCUCACUAAACCGUUAGCUCGUUCUCUAUUUCUUUCUCACAGGUCCAAGCUCGCCAUCCUACCAGGGCCGCUCUCGCUUGCGGGGGCAUAAUAGGAUAAUCACUACUUAUUAUUAAUUAUAUGUAAUUAUAAUUUGUACUUAUCUUGGAGUGGUUUACUUGUAUUAAUCUUCUCAAUUCUUAUCUCCUGUAACAAACUCAUUGAUAUGCACUAGUUUAUAGUGCAUAAAUGUAUGUUUUUGUAUUAACUUUGUGUGGAUUUUCUUUCAUCUUUAGUUAGUUUGUAAACAUUUGUUUUAUGUUGUUUGUAAUUGUUUUUUGCUUUCAUUUAUAGUUGUAGAAUAGUAGUAGUGUUUUUAGCAAGGAAAAGGAGAAAAGCUGAAGAUAAAAAUGGUCAGGAGCGCAAACCCGGUCGGGUCAUUGAUAUGCACUAAUUAGUAGUGCAUAAAUGUAUAUUUUUAUGAUUGAUUUGUGUGUAUUGUUAACCGUUUUAUUUAGUUUGUAAACAUUUGUGGGAAUUUAGUUGUAAUUGUAUUUUAAUCUUCAUUUAUUAGUUGUAAAGUAGAAUUAGGAAUUAUGGUGUUGGAAAGGAAGACUUUGAAGAGAAGAAAACAAGAAAUUUGACUACCCAGGAGUAAAACCCGAUCGGGUAGAAACCCCCACCCGGUCGGGUAUGAUUAAACAGACGAAAUUGCCAAGAAAGUCACUGGACCCGGUCAGGUCCCCUACUUGACCCGGUCGGGUCAGAUGUGAACCGGGACAAAACGACGUGCGAAGAUCACCAGAACGUGGCAAAUAUUUGAUUUUGACUGAUACCCGGUCGGGUAUGGCAGUUUACCCGGUCGGGUAUCCGCCCCAGGGUGUUGAAAACACCUAUAAAUAGCACACUUUUCCUUCACUUUUAUUCAUUCCUUCUUCCAUACUCUUAAGCUCAGUUUAGAAUAGCAUUUCUUUAUAUUUUUCUAGCUAUGUUUAGUGUCCAAAUGAGGAGCUAAACUUCCAUUUCUUGGUGUUGCUCUUGAA